CGAGGUCGGGGGUCACGCGCCCGCGCCGCUUUCUCUAGGCGGGCCGGGAGGGCGCAGGGCGGCUCGAGGGUGCGCCAGGGAGCGGGCGCCGGGGCCAGUAUGGGGCGCGCAUGGCGCCGUGCGGAGCAGCGAGGGGCUGUGCGGCUCGGGAGGGUCUGAGGCGCGGGGGGCCAGACGGAGCCGCGUUCUUCGAAGGAAGACGGAGAGCGGGGGGCGGGAAGCGGACGCCUGAGGUUGUGGGGGCCUCGCCCCUUCCCCGCCGAGGCCUAGGAGAAAUGGCAGAACCCCCGGCCGGCCCUGCCACCGCGCCGGAACCCGUGACCGGGGGUGCGCUAACCCGCUUCACGCCGCGGUGGAGGCGACGGGCACAGGGCAAGGUCUCGCCAGCCUCCUCCUUAUCUGCAGAGCCCUGGGCCCGCGCCCGCUCCCUGUGCCUCCCGCCGCUCCUCUCCAACAUAAAGUUCAUUUCGUUGCAGCCAGCAUCCUUGGAGAGCUCUCUAGUGCAGCGCCUGGAGAGGCCGCUGAGUACUCGUGUGUGGAUCGGUUUUAGGACCGUUUGUGCGCCUGCCAGGCUCCAGGUCCCUUUAUAGGGGGGCAUUGUGGCGCGCGGUGUGUAAUGGGGUAGAUGCUUUCCGACUGUUCGGUUUCUUAUAGCCCUACCUUUAAAGCUGUAUUUUGAUAUUCCGUCUUUAGAUUCUUUUCCACUUUUGAUCCCCCCCCCCAAACCCCACCUCAUGUAUCCGACGAUUUCAAAGAGCAUCAUUAGGGGAGAAGUUGAGAAACCUGGGCUCGAGUUUUCCUGUGCGUGAAAGGAACAUGUUUUCAUGUUGUCUAUUGCUUUAAGAGGAGCGCUAUGAAGUUAAAGGAACGUGGCAUAUCUUUGAAGUGGAAGACAAAAGGAAAAAUUCUGUGGAAGGAGACGCAAGGGCAGAUAGGCUUCCAGAAACUUUUGCUGCCCAUAAUUUUAGUGAAUAUUGGUGAAACCGGGGGACACUGUUUACCUUGACUCCUGUGAAAUCGAAGGCCCACCAGUUUGCACCACCUCUUGGCUGUGUAACCCUUUGAGCAAGUUGCUUAGCCUCUUGGUUCUUUUGUUUCCAGGUACUUAAAAUGGGGAUUGAUAAUACCAAUCUUACAGGGUUGUUGGUGAGUAUAAAGUAACAGUACACAUAAGGUGCUUAGAACAGUUCUUGGCAUGUAGUUUUUAUUACUUACCUGUGCCUUCCUUCCCCUGAAGAUUCCAAACUAAAGAAUUCUGACAUUACUACUUAAUGUUUGCUCAGAAUCCUGAGCCUAUCGUUAAAGACCCUUAGGCCCUUGUUUUCCAUCCGUGGCUGUAAUGUUGACCUGAAGGUAUAGUAUAAUUCCAUAUGAUUAGAGGCUUUCUACUGGGUGUUUAUUUUUAUCAUUAAAUAAGGUUGGAAACUAUCACUAUACUAGGUAUGUCUGUGAUAGCUGUGUUGGGUAAAUGAAACCUUGGAACUUCUUUGGCUGUUUAGUUUUUCAUCGGAAAAUACUUCAUUUACGGUCUUAGGCUAGGCACAGUUUAUUUUGGAUCCAAUACCAAAAAGGCCAUGAUUGCAGCAAUACUUGGUUUCUCAUGUUUCUGGAAUGGCUGUGGGACUCGGGAGGGGAAUUUCUGGGCAGUCUGGCAGCACUUCUUGUUAAAGAAUGGGGAAGCUUGGUAUGAAUCUAAUCUAAUCUUUACUAUUAGGAUAUCAGCAGUACUUCCUUGGAUUACUCUAGAGCAACUACUAAGCAGCUUUACGUCAGUUUGGACUCAGGGAAGGGAAGGUUAGAGGUUAGAGAAUGGUAUCCAUAAAGUAGCAUCUUUUGGGUGGAUGCUGUGGAGUCAGAGACCUCUUUAUUCCUUGCCCUCUCUCCACGUACACAAAUACAAAUGUCUGCUGACAGAUACCCUUUCUAUGAGCUUAAAAGUUUUAAGUUAUCUGGAAAGCACUACUGAAAGACUGUUCUGUCUUCUGAUUCUUCUCUUCCAUGAAAGCUGCUGUUUAUACACAUAGCAUAAUCACAAAAUGAGAAACUGAGUUUAUGAACAAGAGCACCACUUAACUGCAGCAGUAUGCUGGCCCGAUUUGGGAGAAGUAGGGAUGCUAUAAGUUCACUUAUUAAACUUUGGAAUGAGACAGUUUAAUAGUAAUGUAGGGUUGAAAGUUGAAUUUGGUUUGUUGAGAGUAGAGAACAGUAUCUUCUUGGAACCUCUUUACUUGUUCCUGAACAAGGAGGAAGGGGAGUGACGUCUUGGAAGAGUUUAGUGUUUGAGGCAGAAGGCGAAGCAUUUUGCCCUGGUAUUGUUGUCAUCUUUGUCUCUGUGGUUUGAAUAAAAUAUUUUGGAAAAAGAAGGCCCGGAGCAUUUGAAUGUGCAGAAUAUAAAAAUUUGGAAGACCCUGACCCUUGUCGUCUCACUCAUCAGAUGCCAUUUAUUGUUUUGAUAAUUUAACAAACACAUAUCGAACAGUUGAGAUUUAUUGGCCCGUGGAGACACAAAAAACAGCCCUUCAGGUAUCAUCAGGAAUAUCAUGGAUAAAAUGCGACAUUGUUUGUAUUAUAAACUAUAAUAACAUCAGAAUGGAAUGUAAAACAUUUGGCCGGGAAUGAUAAAAAUAUAUUUAUUGUCUAAUUCCUCUUCCACUUUUAAUUUAUGAAGUAACUUACGUUUUUUUUUUUUAAUGUAGGGGCCAAAGUUUCCAGUAAAAACUUAAAUUGGGAAGUUAGGGUUCUCAGUCUUGUCUUUGUGCUUAGUGCUAGUAGGUCAUCAUGUAUGGGUUAUUUUUGUUUGUAUUGGUCCCAUUUAUCACUAAUGAUCAAGUGUUUGUUAAAACUCCUAGGUAAUGGAAGGAGAAGCCUACAGGUUAGUUAUUAAAGUUUAAACAGGCUCCAAAGAGCAGAAGGAGGCAUAUGUGCAGCCAGAGAAUCUUGUAGUAAGUGUUGUCUGUACAUACAAUUUUUCUUUGCUUUAAGAAAAGGCAUGUCAAGGAAAAUAUGUACUCAAAUUUUUAAGGCCAGGCUAUAUCCAAGAGGGCAGUAUGUGUCAUUGGAAUAAAUGAAUUGAGUAGUCUAAUAAUAAGCAUUCUUCACAUUUGCGAGAGAAAAAUUAUUCAAACAAGUGUGAGGGCAGAACAUUUUUUCUGAGGCAUGAGUGGGUGUAAGUUGGUUUAAUAGACUGUAUUAUUUCAAUAUAAAGGGUCUCUGAAAUUGUUCACAGAGCUUUGAGUUGUGUUCUAGGAUCAAUGUGUCAGGCUGGGAGGCCAUGUUGGUUCACCCAAAGGGAAACACGCUGCUAUAUACCUCUGGUUAGGAGGAAAUCAGAGGAAGCUCUCUGUAUGAGAACUAAGAAGAACAAAGACCAACCUAUACAGAAGCAAGACUUCAGUGCCCUGACAUGUCAGCAGCCAAAGAGGUGUGAAAGCUGGUUAAGCCUCAGCAACGGGCAGAGAAAGUGUUCUGUUUAAAUCCUAUUCUAAGAACUUGGACACUCAGGCAUCCACCAUGGUGUUGGGUCCUGAACAGAAGAUGCCAGAUGAUGAUGCUUCUGGAGACCAUGGGGACUCUCCCAGUCUUGGUACCCUCAACCCUGCCUACAGUAGCUCAUCUCUCCCCCAGUCCGCUGAGCACUCACAGGAGCCCUUUACCACCUACUUCGAUGAGAAGAUCGCCAUUCCUGAGGAGGAGCAUUCUUGUUUUAGCUUUCGUAAACUCUGGGCUUUCACGGGACCCGGCUUUCUUAUGAGCAUUGCCUACUUGGAUCCAGGAAACAUCGAAUCUGAUUUGCAGUCUGGAGCAGUGGCUGGAUUUAAGUUGCUCUGGGUUCUUCUGUUGGCCACCAUCGUGGGGCUCCUGCUCCAGCGCCUUGCAGCCAGACUGGGAGUGGUCACGGGGUUGCAUCUUGCCGAAGUCUGUCACCGUCAGUAUCCCAAGGUCCCACGAAUUAUCCUAUGGCUGAUGGUGGAGUUGGCUAUCAUUGGCUCAGAUAUGCAAGAAGUUAUUGGCUCAGCCAUUGCCAUCAAUCUCCUGUCUGUAGGAAGGGUUCCUCUGUGGGGUGGAGUUCUCAUCACCAUUGCAGAUACCUUUGUAUUUCUCUUUUUGGACAAAUAUGGCUUACGGAAGCUAGAAGCAUUUUUUGGCUUUCUCAUCACCAUUAUGGCCCUCACAUUUGGAUAUGAGUAUGUUACAGUGAAACCCAGCCAGAGCCAGGUACUCAAGGGCAUGUUCCUGCCAUCCUGUUCAGGCUGUCACACCCCGCAGAUCGAGCAGGCUGUGGGCAUCGUGGGAGCUGUCAUCAUGCCACAUAAUAUGUACCUGCAUUCUGCCUUAGUCAAGUCCAGACAGGUAAAUCGAGCCAAUAAGCAGGAAGUCCGAGAAGCUAAUAAGUACUUUUUCAUUGAAUCCUGCAUUGCUCUCUUUGUUUCCUUCAUCAUCAACGUCUUUGUCGUCUCAGUCUUUGCCGAAGCAUUUUUUGAAAAAACCAACAACCAGGUGAUUGCAGUCUGUAGAAAUAACAGCAGUCCCCACACUCACCUUUUUCCUGAUGAUAACUCGACACUGGCUGUGGACAUCUACAAAGGGGGCGUUGUUCUGGGAUGUUACUUUGGGCCUGCUGCACUCUACAUCUGGGCAGUGGGGAUCCUGGCUGCAGGACAGAGCUCCACCAUGACAGGAACCUAUUCUGGCCAGUUCGUCAUGGAGGGAUUCCUGAACCUAAAAUGGUCACGCUUUGCUCGAGUGAUUCUGACCCGCUCUAUUGCCAUCAUCCCCACUCUGCUUGUUGCCAUCUUCCAGGAUGUAGAGCAUCUAACAGGAAUGAAUGACUUCCUGAAUGUUCUGCAGAGCUUACAGCUUCCCUUUGCUCUGAUACCCAUCCUCACGUUUACGAGCUUGCGGCCAGUAAUGAAUGACUUUGUCAAUGGAAUAGGCUGGAGGAUUGCAGGCGGAAUAUUGGUCCUUAUCGUCUGUUCCAUCAACAUGUACUUUGUCGUGGUUUAUGUCCAGGAACUCGGGCAUGUGGCAUUGUACGUGGUAGCUGCUGUGGUCAGUGUGGCUUAUCUGAGCUUUGUGUUUUACCUGGGUUGGCAAUGUUUGAUUGCAUUGGGCAUGUCCUUCCUGGACUGUGGACACACGUACCGUCUGGGAUUGACAGCUCAGCCUGAACUCUACCUCCUGAACACCGUGGAUGCUGACUCACUUGUGUCUAGAUGACCGACAGCCUGAGAGACUGUAUAAGAACCCCUUUGUCUUAAUCCUUUUGUGCCAGGUGUCCUGUUAACAUAUCUCUGUUAGUUCAGAGGUGAGUUUUGUUCAGAUGUUUUGAACAAAAGGCAAAGAUUUCCUCGUGGGAAGGGCAUUAAAAGCUGACAGCUCUAAGUGUAGGACAGAGACCCACCCAUCUCAACAGUCCUACAAUAGCCAGAGUUAAAUGAUUGGCCUGUCAUGGCCACACACCCCUAUGGGCUUGUGUCUUGACUUCUGGCAUUUUUUAAAAAUAUAUACGUGUAUAUAUUUAUGUAAACCUGAACAUAUCAGUUUGGGUAGAGUUUCAAGGUUAUAUAAAAUUGAUAGGUCUGUCUUAUUUUUUUAAAGAUAAUAUUCAGGUAAAUCAGAUCCUUGUUUUAUCUGGGUCACAAGUGAGAAAAGAGAGGGAGUAAUGCUCUUUUUCAGAAUGAUCUGGUCAGAUUAACUUACCUUUUAAAGUGAUACUUGACUAUGGCCAGUUAAAUUCCAUGUGGGUUUUCAUCGACCAGACCUUAGCGAUUACUUCAUACCAGCACAUCAUUUCUAAGGAAAACAUUUCCUCUUUGCAAGCAGUCAUUUGGUCCUGGUUAUUGGCGUGCUUUGUAAUUAUAAUUCUCUCUGUUGCUUUUUUUGAAAUCUUGUCAGAGGUAUGAUGGUAUUUUCCAAAGAGCUUAAUACCUUGUAAUAAGAUUCAGAAACCACCCUCUAACCAAUGAUCAGUUUUCCAUGUGACAUUGUAACUCAGCCCAUUCUAGCCUUCAGGUUUUAGGUAUAAAAGAAGAAACUUCUAGCAUUUAAUUUUGUAAAGUUCCAACAGAAGAUGUUGGAGGUGUUUGUUUUCUUCCUAAUGUUUGUAGAGUCCUACCAUGUCUCUUCUUCCCAUUUUUCCCAUUAAAACUCCAAACAUCAUUUCUGGGUCCAAAGUCUAUUUCCAGGAAUGGCUAAUAUUUCUAAUGUUGAAUUUCCCUGAAUGCUAAGCAUUUUAUUUUAAGAUAUUUAUACCAAGUAAUACGAGAUUAGAACUAGACUAGGACUUGGACAACUAGUUCUUAUGUCAUAAACUGCCUGCCUACAUGUGGGUUAUAGACUCUUUUUGACCCUUUUUCUUAACUGGGACUUUUCCCUUAUGAUUUUUUGUAAUAAAAAAGUUAAUACUUAAAAA